AUGGACGCAGACCGGACUUAUCCGAGCCUCGCUGCGGCGACCAAGGCCGCCAAGGAGUAUGCGUCGGCCAAGUUCCCGUCGACCGAGGUCAUGGUCGACCGUACCUUUAAGCAGGCGCAUGCGAAGCGCCUCGUCUGCCGCCACCGCGGGCGCUUCUGCGGCUGGAAGAUGGACAUCCUGCCGCAGGGCGACGCCUGGAAGUUUGUCGUCGUCGAUCCGCUGCACUCGUCGAGCUGCGACCUCAUCCGCCAGAAAAAGACCAUCGACGUUGACACUAUGGCGCCGCCUGCGCCGUUCGUGCCCAUGAUGACGCCGAGCUUUGCGCCCAAGAAGCCGUCGGUGCCGGGCGCGACGACGCCCAUGAUUGCGCACGCGGACGCGCUCGGCGGCCGGCCGACGUUUGCGCUCACGCAUGAGAUGCGCUGGUUCAGCGCGAAAGACGCGUCGAGGUCCGUGAACGACUAUGCGUUCUUUGUGCAGAAGAAGCGGGCGCGCAUGGACAAGAAGACCAGCGGCGGGCGCAACAAAAAGUACGUCUGCUCCUCCGACGCGUGCGACUGGUACGUGCGCCUCCUCAAAGCGCCCAAGACCGAGAGCUGGAAGAUCUCGUCCAUGAACCUCGUGCAUGCGCCGGCGUGCACGGGCGUCGCGCAGCCGUCGGCGCGGCAGCUCGCGGAGAUGGCGUCGUUCCGCCAAGCCGUCGUGACCCACGGCAAGCAGCACGGCAAGCUGCUCACGGACGAAUUCCUCUCGUCGACCGAAGAUGGCAUCAAGAUCCCGCUCCGAUUGGCGUACCGCGCCAAGCAGAUGAUCGUCGUGCACUCGAAAGACGAUGUGGUCGAGUCGUACAAGUUUCUACCCUCGCUCUUGACCAUGUUUGUGGCCAAGAACCCGGGCUCGAUCGCCGACUACGACCGCGACGCCGACCACCACUUUGUGCGGGCGUUCGUCAUGCCACACGCGUCGCUCCAGGCCAUGCCGGCGCUCCAGCGCAUCCUCGGCAUCGAUGUCGUGCCCUUUGGUCGCCCCGAGUACUCGGGCGCGAUGCUGCUUCUACUUGGGCGCGACGGGAACCUCCAGUCGCACGUGCUCGCGGUCGGGCUUGUGCCGGCGCCGACGCUCGAGCACGCCGCGUGGUUUCUGCAGCGGAUCCAGCAAGGCAUCUCGCUCACGCACUUGCCGAUCUACGUGCCGAUCACGCAUCUUGGCAUUGCGGACGCGAUCGAAGCGACCGGUGCCAAGGUGCAGUACUGCAUGAGCAGUCUCUUCGAGUGCAUGGGCAACGACAAGCAUAUCUCCAAGCUCGGCGCUGUCGAGCUCCUCAUCUGGGAUCUGCACCGGCAAGAGACGGAGCAAGGGUUCCAAGCCGCGCUCUCGCAGCUCGAGAGCGUCAACCCCGCGGCCGCGCUCUUCUUGCGCAGUCAGAACCCGCUGCACUGGGCGAUGCACGCCAACCGCCACACGAAACUCUACCAGUGGUCGACCACGUCGUUCAGCUCGGAGCUCCACGGCCCGAGCAGCGAAAGUGUCGACGAAGCGCCGUUCGAUAUCCUCUACAGCUACCUCGCGCGCCUCAUGGACGACGUCUUCCAGAAGAGCCAGACCGCCGCCAAGCUCGCGACCGAGAACGCCGUCUUGACGCCUGGCGCGCAAGAGCUCUACGCGUGCGAGAUGCAAGAGGCCGUCGGCUUCACGACGCGGCCGUGCGACGAGACGCUGGCGUUUGUGUGGAAGACGGGGUCGCGCCCCAAGGUGACCCACCGCGUGCACCUCUCGGACCUCUCGUGCUCGUGCGGGCUCAUGCCUCAAGUCGGGAUUCCGUGCCGCCACUUUAUCGCGGCCGCGCGCCACUUUGGCCGCGAGGGCCUCGUCGUCAACGCCUUCGACCCGAUCUACAAGGCGAGCACAUACGCGAUGGUGUUCCACAAGAUGCGGAUUGAGAUUCCGCUCGAGAACGACUUGGCGAAAGACGAGACGCUGCUGCCAGUGCAGGCCGAGAUGAAACCCAAGGCGGCCAAGAAGCCACGCAAGAAGAAGAGUCCGACGAACGAGACGAGUGCUGCGAUCGCGUCGUGCUUGGACGACGACCAAGAAAUGAUGUCGGCGAUGGCCAUGGGCACGCUCGGCAUGCCCAACCACCACCACCACGGUAUCGAGGCCGUCUACCAUCCGGCGCAUCAUGGUGUCGCGCAGCCAUCGCUCCAGCAAGUCAACGCGGACUAUAUGCACCACAUGCACCAUCUCAAUACGGCCCAUCUAAUCUAA